AUGGCGGAUAGAUACUCCUUCUCGUUGACUACAUUCUCCCCCAGGUUCGUACAGCUUCAUUACUCUACCGAGAGUGCUUUUGCCUCGCCGGCUGGAAAAUACGCAUUAAAUGCAGUCAAUCAAGGUGUCACGGCGCUGGGAAUCAAAGGCGAAUAUCUGACCACAUUGGUAGCUACAAACGGCAUUGUCCUUGCCACAGAAAAGAAGUCCUCGUCACCCUUAAUCGACCCUCCCUCGCUCUCGAAAGUCAGCCUCAUCACCCCCGACAUCGGUAUGGUCUACUCAGGCAUGGGACCCGACUACCGAGUACUGGUCGACAAAGCCCGCAAAGUCUCCCACACCGGCUACAAGCGCAUCUACAACGAGUAUCCACCAACGAGAAUAUUAGUGCAGGAUGUUGCAAGAGUCAUGCAAGAAGCUACGCAGUCAGGUGGUGUACGACCGUACGGUGUUAGCUUGUUGAUUGCCGGGUGGGAUGAGGGUGUUGAGCCGGAUUCCCAGGAGGCUGCUACGGCUGAUGCGCAUCCGGAUGAGAAGAAGGCUUCUGGCAAGACGGGUGGGGUCAUGAAGGGUGGACCUAUGCUGUAUCAGGUUGAUCCCAGUGGAAGUUAUUUCCCAUGGAAGGCUACUGCUAUUGGCAAGAGUGCUACAUCUGCAAAGACUUUCUUGGAGAAGAGAUACACGGAGGGUUUAGAGCUAGAAGAUGCAGUCCACAUUGCCCUGUUGACCUUGAAGGAAACGAUCGAGGGUGAGAUGAAUGGAGAGACUGUAGAGAUUGGCAUCAUUGGGCCACCAGCUGAUCACUUACUUGGCGUUGACGGAGUUGAGGGAGCGCAAGGACCAAGAUUCAGGAAGUUGAGCCCUCAAGAGAUUGAGGAUUAUCUUACGAAUCUAUGA